CCGUCUUAUCCCAGCGGUGCCUCAUCUUAUCCCCCCGUCUCCUCGCUUCCUCCUCCCGCAGCUCACCUCAACUCCGGAAGCGAGAGCUCACUCCCCCCAUCCCCAUGGCUUCCACCGCGCUCUCCUCCGCCUUCUCCCUCCUCUCCCUCCCCUCCUCCUCCUCCCCCGCCGCCGCCGCCGCCGCCGCCCCAAGGUCCUUCGCCGUCCCCAGCCGCGCCCGCCCACGCCGCGCCGUCGCCGUGGUGGCGUCCACCGCCACCGAGUCCCCCAAGGUCCUGGAGCUCGGGGACGCCAUCGCGGGGCUCACCCUCGAGGAGGCGCGGGGCCUCGUGGACCACCUCCAGGAGCGCCUCGGCGUCUCCGCCGCCGCCUUCGCGCCCGCCGCCGUCGUCGCCGCGCCCGGCGCGGGCGGCGCGGGCGCCGCCGCCGACGAGGCCCCCGCCGAGAAGACGGAGUUCGACGUGGUCAUCGAGGAGGUUCCCAGCAGCGCGCGCAUCGCCAGCAUCAAGGUGGUGCGCGCGCUCACCAACCUGGCCCUCAAGGAGGCCAAGGACCUCAUCGAGGGCCUCCCCAAGAAGGUCAAGGAGGGUGUCAGCAAGGACGAGGCCGAGGAUGCCAAGAAGCAGCUCGAGGAGGUCGGCGCCAAGGUGUCCAUUGCGUGACACUAGUGCAUGACACCAUUGACAUGUAGAGGGGGCCAGAUGAAGAACACUCCUGAGGUAGUAAGGUUCCAGAUAUCUAUGCGCGGAGAUACCCAAAUGGAUGUUGUUUCUAUCUUUUUUGCGUGGAGGAAGUUCUAUUUUUAAACUCUAUUGUAAUAUGUAAGAUGUGAAUUGUUGAUGAUGCUAUUGCCUAUUGGCCAUUUGGCACCUUGAUGAUACGCAUCUACCGACC